UCCUAUCACUUAUCUGCUGUUCUGAACAAUAUUUUAGAAUUUAUGAAUCUAAUCUAAAUCUAACAAACAUUUAUUUAACAGUUGGAGCAUGACUUUAUACCUGAGCGUCUUAACUUGGCACCACGUGAGAUACUUCACUUCUGCAACAUGCCUGCCCACGAAGAUGCUACUUCAGACUCUGCUAUUCCAGUUCAGGAAUUGUCUGGAGUCUUGUGCGAGUCAGUCAGGGAAGAAAUUGCUUUGAAACCACCUCCCAGACCCCUUGUUUGUAAAACUGUUCCACACGCAAAAAAGAAAGGUGUUCCUAAGAAUCUACUUGCAUUUCAUUCAGAAGAAGAAAUAUUAAAACCUUCAAAAAAAGAGAAGCAGAUUGCCUUUUAUAAAAGAAAGGCAACUGCUUCUGAAAUGAAAUUAAACACAACUCAUUAUGCAGCUAAAUCUUCAGAAGAGAAUUCAUGCCAGGAUAGAGUCCCCAGAUCAUUGAGGGCACCCUUAAGUUCUGUUGACUGGCCUCAGCUCUUCAAGCUUCAAAAUCAGGAUGGAUUUUGGCAACUUACCUCUGAGCUUGGGAUGCUUUUAGAUCUUGAUGUGCAUCAUUUAAUUAAUGUUUCACUUGCAAAAAAUGGAAUUCAGUCGCUUGGUACAAAAGGAAAAGAGAAACUGUUACAGCUGAUUGCUACCCUUCUAGUGCUCCAGGCUAUAUAUUUCAAACAACUGGAAGGUCUUAUCUUCAAAUCUCUAAUGAAAUUGGGAGAUUCUCCUCCAUCAUGGGUACUUAAUCCAGUAAGGAAAGCAACUGAGUGGGCAAACAGAACCGACCGUGAAUUUGCAGGUAUUUGCCAGCGUCUUCAGCUUGGAAAACACUGGGAUGAUGCCACUAAAAAGCUCCUGGGUAUUUAACUAAUGAACACAACAUACUUCAUGCUUCUUCUUCUCUUAAUAAUUGAACACUACUAAGUUUGUUCUUGUCUUACUAAUGAACAUGACUCACAAUAAAAGCACACUAUCA